AUGCCUGCCCAUGUACCAACCUUUUCCGGACGAUCUAUGCUGCUGUUAGCUCUCCUCGCUCGAUUGCUAUGGCGAUAUCGCGUGCUCACGCACUCCGAGGAGGAGUUCUGCCCCCUUUCAACCCCUCCUCGAAGGGCUCUCGAAGCGCUUCCUCCCGAAAUCUGGAGUGCAAUAUUCGACUAUCAUCACGAUGAUGUCCCCUCCAUCAACGCCAUCCGAAUGGUCUGCCGAGCGUGGACGCACGCUGCAUGGCCGGCAUUUGCGAAGAGCUUCGACUACCGCAUGUUCCACCCCACGGUCAAAAGCCUGCGUGCAUUGCAAGCAUUCGCCAACAGAAGCGACUGUGCCCCGUACAUGACCUGCCUGAACAUGAGUACAAUCCGUCCGCAAUACGACGCCGGGGAAUCCCGCCAUACUCUCACUGAUAGAGAGAUCGAUGCUUUGCCGCCACCCGAUGACCUUCAAUCCAGCUGGACGCACCCUCGCAGGGCACUCUGGAAUUAUUCCAUCAGAAGUGGGGUCUUUAAGCGUUUGCAACCCAAGCGAGUGAUGCAUCUUCAGCUGCGGCAGGCAUUGCGCAAGCUGGUAUGGCUGGAGGAAAUCCGAGUGAUGGAUGUUAGUGCAUCUGCUGGCUAUCGUCCAUCGUUCACCAAUGUGAUGAGCAGGGCCAUGUGGAAUGCUUUUCCGCCCGACAUGAGAGACGAGCCAUACCACCUGCAAGCUCAAGCAAUCACGCUGUCACUUCUCUUCAACGCCAUGCGCCCGCCUCACGAUGGCCGAACAGACUACCUGCGAAACCUCACGAAACUCAACGUGGAGGGUAGAAUGUACAUCGGCUCCCUUCCCGACAACACAUUACCCAGCCCUCACAGCCCAAGCUGCUCCCCAAUCUGGACCCUCACCCAUCUCAACCUCUCCCUCACAACUUCAAAGCCCCCGCUCGAGCCGCACGAUCAACCAGCCUUCUUCGAUCGCCGCCUCCCCAGCUUGCUCACCCAACUCCCCAACCUCACUCAUCUAGCCCUGCACUUCCCACCCCCCAGACUAGCCAACGACUACAACGAGGCCGGCGCCGUCAUCAGCACCCACCUAGACUACACCUACGGCAGCGACUCCUUCCGAAUCCUCUCCGCCUCCCUGCGCCUCCCACGCCUCCAAACGCUCCACUUCAGCCACCUAGGCGUGAGCUCCGCCUACCCCCUCAUGGAACUGCUCUACCGCCACAGCCCCACCCUGCGACACCUCUCCUUCCUCUCCCUCAGCAUGUCCGUCUGGCACUGGCGUUCCUUCACCAAUUUCCUCGCUGAGCACCUGCGCCUUGAGACGCUGGCGAUGGACUCGGAUGCGUCGGAGGAGCGGCGGGCGGAGAGCAGGGAGCUUUGGGGGCGUGUGCCGGCUGAGUAUCACUUUUCCUGGAAGGAUUUUCGGCGGGCGGCGAAGAGGGCGCGGUGGGGGACGUUGGAGAGUGGGGGUGAGGGGGCGGCGGGGAAUGGUGGGAAAGGAGCGGGAACUGGAUGA